AUGGAAGGAACUUUAGCUGAUUCGUUUUUGGAGGAUUUGGAAAAUUUGGAAAAUGAAGAGUUUGAUCAGGACGAUUCAGGUUUAAACAAGGAGCCGGGACUUAUUGAAACCUUUGAAUCGGAUGAAGAAUCGCCAAUCGUGGACGCCGUUGAAGAAUACUUCAACACAUCAGGCUCGGCAGAGAACAGCUUCUCUCCAAUGGUUAAGGAUCCGGAAAUUAAUUCAAUAGUAGAGAAAGCGAAGUUGCUUGCACUCGACAAGAACGUUAAAACCAGUGAAAUAUCGUUCAUUGACCAGUGUAACAAAACGGUGCUGGAAAUAGACAAGGAGAUCAUAAACAUUUACAACUACGUCAGAGACAUAUACUCCAAAAGGUUCCCGAAAUUGGAGUCGAUAGUGUACUCGCCGCUGGACUACAUAGCAGUGGUUAAAAGAGCACAGAAUGAAUCGGACUUCACAAAAGUGGACUUGACGGACCUGCUGCCGAACACGAUGAUCAUGGCAAUAACAGUAGCAAGCACUAUGGCCUCAGGAACCUCGCUGUCGACGCAGGUGUUGAACAAGGCCCUGGGAGCAUGUAACGAAGGAAUGCUGCUGGCGGAGUUCAGAAACGAUCUCCUGGUGUACCUGGAAGGAAGGAUGAUUUUGAUAGCGCCAAACGUGUCAGUGAUAAUAGGAUCGGCGCUGACGGCGAGGCUGAUCGCGAAAGUGGGAAGUCUGGAAACCCUGGCAAAAAUACCAUCGCAAAAUCUGAUGCUAAUAGGCGCGGACAAGAAUCAAAAUUACAUAGUAAAUGGUAUUAUCCACAACUGUGAUAUCAUUCAAACGAGUGAGCCUAGCGUGCGAAGAAGAGCAAUAAAGUUGGUCUGCGGUAAAGUGUCAUUGGCGGCAAAAAUAGACUUGUUUAAACAGCAUCGAAAUGGGCAGAUGGGACAAGAAUAUCGCAAUUUAAUACUACAAAACCUGUCAAAAGCUUUGGAAAUGCCACCGGCACCCAUGAAAAAGUCACUACCAGUGCCUGAGGAGAGAGUGGGUCGUAAGAGAGGAGGAAGAAGAUAUAGAAAAAUGAAGGAAAAAUACGCAAUGGGAGAGUACCAAAAGUACAGAAACAGGUUGAAGUUUGGAACAGAAGCAGAGGAUGAAUUCGGAUUGGAGAUAGGUGAUGGCCUGGGAAUGAUUGGAAAGGGGAAUUACGGCAAACUAACAAUACAGCCAAAGCAAAAUAAGAUACACAUACCGAAGAAGAGAGUUGUGGCGAUGCAGUCAAGUGGAGCCACAAAUGGAAUGUCGUCAUCGUUGGUGUUUACACCCCUGCAAGGAAUUGAGUUGUGUAAUCCGAAUUUGAAUAAGGAAGUUAAGAGGAAGUCGGUAUUGGACAACGAAGGAUUUGUGAAAGUGAGGAAGGUCCAAUGA